AUGGAGGAACAUGUCUCUUCAUUUGUUGCUAGUAAAUAUGACGUACGAAUUGCCCAGGGUCUUGUACAUUUGGGAAAAGGCUUGUUGACUCUUGCUCCAUAUCAUUCUGAGCGCUUUUUGCUAUCCCCAACGGCACUGGCUGGAAUAGUAACCUUACUGCAUGCAUGUCUUGGUAUGAAAACGAUCAUAUUGGGGAAAUAUCAUUAUGUUCUUUACUUCCUCGUUUUGGCAAUGCAGCCAAGAAUGCUACUGACAGUAGAUGAGAACUUGAAACCUCUGUCAGUACCUGUGCAGGUGGGCCAAGCUGUCGAUGUUGUUGGCCAGGCAGGUCGACCCAAGACCAUUACUGGUUUCCAGACCCACUCAACACCGGUUCUUCUAGCUGCUGGUGAUAGAGCGGAGCUUGCUACUGAGAAGUACUACAUUCUAUCCCUUGCUAGUGUAGAAUUUAUUCAAGACUGAAGCCUAGAGAAACAACCAGAUCUCAUGAGAACGU